CAGUCUCAUAACUUCUUUGCAAUUAGUCAACAUAUUUUUCACAGUAAAGUUUAUUUUUCGCGAAUUCAAUAAGAAAUAAAACAUUUAGUUUACCGAAAAUGGCUAUAUUAGAAAAUAUACGCGAAUUGUUUACCUCAGAAACAGCUCGUAAUAAAAAUUCAGCCUUAAUUUCUGGGUUUCUGUUUUUUGCUGGCUGGUGGGUUCUGAUCGAUGCUAUGUCAGUGGACAGCCAAAAACAAAUAACCACCGGACAUGUUUUCAUAGGAGUUUUCGGUACAAUCAGCUUCUUUAUGGUAAACACUGUAAAGAACUCGCAUAUUUCGGAAGAAAACACAUCCGAGUCCGGAGCACGUAUUGCAAAAAUUUAUCUGCUUAUUGGUUUCGUUAUGGGAUUUGCAUCGAUAAUAGCAGCUAUCUGGGUUAUGAUUGAUGACUUUAUCAAUAACAAAAAAAAGGACAAUUGGCCAGGCGUAGCUCUUCUAAUGCAGAAUGUAUUUAUCCUUAUUGGCAGUCUGGUAUACAAAUUCGGCCGAAAUGAGGAAGACUGGAACGAGUAAAUGUAGGAGAGCAUAUUCAGGCUAAUCACUAAAUAUAUAAGUGGGUCAUGAUAUUCAUAUUUAAGUUAAAGGCAUAGUUUACACACUUACAUUUUUGCUUACUAAACAUUUCUGAACUAGACUAACGAAUUUGUAUCUCAAAAGCUACGUCUGUUUAUAUAUGUAUAUUCCACGUGAUUCUAUGUAUGUAUGUAUGCAGAAAUAAAGCUUUAGUUCCAUUUAAGGUAAUCAAAA